CUUCUCCUCUCCUCCGCGAACAAAACCAAUCCCCGGAACCCCAAGCCAAAAAACCCUAAACCCCCCUCGCCUCACCCUCCCUCCCCUUUCCCUGCUGCCAUGGCGGCGUCGCUUCUCCUCCGAGCCGCGCGCCGGCGAGAGCUCUACGCGCCUCUCGGAAACUUGACCACCAAUGUUCAAUCAACAUUUGCUACAAAUGCUUGCUCAAGAUGGGGUGGUUUUGCAAGAGCAUUCAGUGCAAAACCAAUUGGAAAUGAGGUUAUUGGUAUUGAUCUGGGGACAACUAAUUCCUGUGUUUCUGUUAUGGAGGGAAAGAAUGCAAAGGUGAUUGAGAAUUCAGAAGGUACCAGGACAACACCAUCUGUUGUUGCCUUUAGUCAGAAGGGAGAACGGCUUGUUGGGACUCCAGCCAAACGUCAAGCAGUGACCAACCCACAAAACACUUUCUUUGGUACGAAGCGUAUGAUAGGGCGACGCUUUGAUGACCCGCAGACACAGAAGGAGAUGAAAAUGGUACCGUAUAAAAUUGUGAAGGCUCCAAAUGGUGAUGCUUGGGUUGAAACAACAGAUGGCAAGCAGUACUCACCGAGCCAGAUUGGUGCAUUUGUAUUGACCAAGAUGAAGGAGACUGCUGAAUCUUACCUUGGCAAAUCGAUUUCCAAGGCUGUGAUAACAGUUCCUGCUUAUUUCAAUGAUGCUCAGCGUCAGGCAACUAAGGAUGCUGGUCGAAUUGCUGGACUUGAUGUCCAAAGGAUCAUCAACGAACCAACCGCUGCUGCUCUGUCUUACGGGACAAACAACAAGGAGGGUUUGAUUGCUGUAUUUGACCUUGGAGGCGGGACUUUUGAUGUCUCCAUUCUGGAAAUCUCCAAUGGAGUUUUUGAGGUGAAAGCAACAAACGGUGACACUUUUCUAGGUGGGGAAGACUUCGAUAAUACUCUGUUGGAGUUCUUGGUCAGUGAAUUCAAAAGAACUGAUGCUAUUGAUCUGUCUAAGGACAGACUAGCUCUGCAAAGGUUGCGUGAAGCAGCUGAGAAGGCCAAAAUUGAGCUUUCAUCAACUGCACAAACUGAGAUUAACCUUCCAUUUAUCACAGCUGAUGCCUCCGGAGCAAAGCAUUUGAAUAUAACUUUGACAAGAUCAAAGUUUGAAAGUUUGGUGAGUGGUCUGAUUGCAAGGACUAGAGACCCAUGCAAGAAUUGUUUGAAGGAUGCUGGUAUAACUACCAAGGAAGUUGAUGAGGUUCUCCUUGUCGGUGGAAUGACAAGGGUUCCCAAAGUUCAGGAAGUGGUUUCAGAAAUUUUUGGCAAGGCCCCUAGCAAAGGAGUUAACCCAGAUGAAGCUGUGGCCAUGGGUGCAGCUCUUCAGGGUGGCAUUCUCCGUGGAGACGUGAAGGAGCUUCUCCUCCUUGAUGUAACCCCCCUUUCUCUUGGUAUUGAGACUCUUGGUGGCAUCUUCACCCGGCUGAUAAGCAGGAACACUACAAUCCCCACGAAGAAAAGCCAGGUUUUCUCAACUGCUGCUGACAAUCAAACACAAGUGGGCAUUCGUGUCUUGCAAGGUGAGCGUGAGAUGGCGACGGACAACAAACUUCUUGGCGAGUUUGAUCUUGUCGGCAUCCCACCAGCACCAAGAGGACUGCCACAGAUUGAGGUUACAUUUGACAUUGAUGCCAAUGGAAUCGUGACAGUCUCUGCGAAAGAUAAGGCCACUGCAAAGGAGCAGCAGAUCACCAUCCGAUCCUCCGGUGGACUUUCUGAGUCUGAGAUCGAAAAGAUGGUGAGGGAGGCUGAGCUGCAUUCACAGAAGGAUCAGGAACGCAAAGCUCUCAUUGACAUCAGAAAUACUGCAGACACCACUAUUUACAGCAUUGAGAAGAGCUUGGGAGAGUACAGGGAGAAGAUACCUGCGGAGAUUGCCACCGAGAUUGAGACAGCAGUUGCUGAUCUCCGCUCUGAGAUGGCCUCAGAUGACAUUGAGAAGAUAAAGAACAAGAUGGAAGCGGCCAACAAGGCUGUCUCAAAGAUUGGGCAGCACAUGUCUGGCGGCGCUUCUGGCGGUGGUGCGGCUGGCGGUCCGCAGGAAGGAUCACAAGGCGGAGGCGACCAGGCUCCAGAGGCUGAGUACGAGGAGGUCAAGAAGUGAAACUGCACAAUCUAACAGUUGGCCUGCCUAAUUUUGAAGGAAACGAGUUACUAGGGUCUUUGUUCGCUGUAAUAAAAUUUUGUUCAACUGAGGCAUACGAGACAUGUUAAAGCUUGUUAGCUCGUCCAGCACUGCUGUACUCUAUGAGUAUGACUUGGUUGAAUUAGGUCCUUCCCUUGAUGUACAUCAAGGCAAACUAGACGUGAUCUUGUGAUUUUUUAGUCUAGUUAAUGCCUGCUGUGAUUCGUUUGUGGCAUGACGGUUCGUGAUGUUUAUAACACACGAAGAACACCAAAGUGCUAUUCUGCUAGUCGAAACCAUUUGGCCUGCUUGAUGCGGUUGUCUAUUGUUGUCUAGUGGUUGUAAUGGUGCUGUAAUUCUCUGCGAAA